ACCCUUGGGUUUUACCCGUCCUCGUCUUGGCCUGCGACCGAAGCGGCGUCCGCCGCUGCCUGGACCGCAUUUUACGUUACCGCCCCUCAGCCCAACGCUUCCCCGUCAUCGUCAGCCAAGAUUGCGGUCACGCCGAAACCGCCCGCCUCAUCGGCGCCUACGGCGACGCCGUCUCCCACAUCCGACAACCGGACCUGGCCGACGUCCCCGUCCCUCCCGAACAUCGGAAAUUUCAAGGUUAUUACAAAAUCGCCCGGCAUUACCGUUGGGCUCUGGGGCAAAUCUUUAGGGUUUUCCGGUACCGAGCCGUCAUCGUCGUGGAGGACGAUUUAGAUGUUGCUCCCGAUUUUUUCGAGUAUUUCCAAGCCGCUUUCCCCCUACUCCGCGACGACCCAACGUUGUGGUGCGUUUCGGCUUGGAACGACAACGGCAAGGAGCAGAUGGUGGACGUCGGGAGACCCGAUUUGCUUUACCGCACCGAUUUCUUCCCUGGUUUAGGUUGGUUGCUUUUAGCCGAGCUUUGGGAUGAAUUAGAACCCAAAUGGCCACGAGCUUUUUGGGACGAUUGGAUGAGGCAACCCGAACAACGUCGUGACCGCGCUUGCGUCCGUCCCGAAAUCUCCCGUACGGCCACGUUCGGUCGGAAAGGGGUCAGCCACGGGCAAUUUUUCGACCAGUAUUUAAAAUUCAUCAAACUUAACGACCGCUUCGUGCCUUUUACCCAACUGGAUCUCUCGUACCUCCGGAAAGAACCCUACGAGCGCUCUUUCCUCGCCCAGGUUUACGCCGCCCCCGAGGUGAGGGUGGAAGAGCUGCAGGGGAAUCGUCGCCAACAUUUGGGAGCCGUCAGGCUCCAGUACCGGGGUCGCGACGCUUUCAAAGCUUUCGCCAAAGCCCUGGGGCUCAUGGACGACCUCAAAUCCGGGGUCCCCCGCGCCGGUUACCGCGGGGUCGUCAGCUUCGUCUACCGGGGACGCAGGGUUUACCUGGCGCCCCCCCGGGACUGGGCGGGCUACGACCCCACUUGGAGUUAA